AGUAUAUUUUUCCCUUAAAAUUGUACUUAUCUUCAGAAAGAACAUUUUACUAGUGUUACAUUAAAGCCCAUUUCAUUUAUUAGUUAGGUUAGGUUAGGUUAAAUUCAUAAUCAUAAUUAUGUGUUAUACAUUACGCGUACGCAUCAUUAAUAACGCGCGAUUUGCCGGUAUGCUGUAAAUACGAUAUUUAAUCAAGUACAUUAGAUACUCGCACAUAACAUCAAAUUGAUGAAGAAAUAAUGUAUGAAGAGGAUGAUUACAUUGAAGAAAAUACUUGGGCAUACAUUGCAUUAUGUGGCGAACCAACCCUCUACGAGGGGCUUAGAUUUGCAAAAGACUUGAUAAUAGCGAACAUUAUUCUGCGCUGUAUAAUACAGUACGUGCCAAUACCACAUCACGUGCGGCACAGCGUGUCCCUUGUCACCGGAUCCUUCCUGCUGUACUGCAAUGUCGGCGCCGCCUUCGUGUGGACGGUGGGCCUGGCUGCCAGCUCCUACAUUAUCAUACUCGCUCUAUCCUACUUGACAAAGAAGCAUAGAGGGGUAAUAAUCUCUGUCAUUACCAUUAGUUACCUGCUACUGUGUGAGCUAAUUACUAUGUCCUUGAUGAGUGCAGCUUUUAUAACAGGUGGUUGGUACAAGUGGCAAACAAUAAAAGAGAACUCAUAUUGUCGGUUCAUGGAAUGUUGCAAUGCAAAUUAUGUCCCAUAUGACAUUGAGAAAUUAAAGACAUCACUCUCCAAGUAUAUGUUUGGACAACCCUUAGUGAAUGAGCUAGGCAGUAUCAUAAGUGCACACAAAGAAGCAGUGCUGAUCAACAGCAACCGGAAAGCACUAGUAAUCAGUCUGCACGGUUGGUCAGGGGUUGGCAAGAACUAUGCAUCCAAUAUGAUCGCUGAGGCCCUCUACAAGAAGGGAACUAAAAGCCAAUAUGUCAAGUUCUUCAUGGGAGACAAAGACUUUAACUGUGAGGAUUUGGACAAGAAGAAGAAGGAAGUAAUGUCCGAAGUAUUCAGGGUUGUGAAGAGCUGUCCAACGUCUCUAAUAAUAUUUGAUGAAAUACAUGACAUGUGUCCGAGCAUUCUGGACACUGUAAAGCCUUUCCUGGAUCACCACCAGUCUGUGGAUGGGGUAGAUUUUAGGAAUAGCAUAUUCAUCUUCAUCUCUAAUAUUGGAGGAGGUCAGAUAGCUUCGACUCUUCUGGACUUGUAUGGACAAGGAGUGAAAAGGAAUGAUGUAGAAUUCCACAUGUUCGAACCUAUUAUUCGCAAAACGGCAUAUUUUACAGGUGGCUUCAAGCAGUCGUCGACGAUCGCGAACCACCUGAUAGACCACUACAUCCCGUUCCUGCCCCUGCAGCAGGAGCACGUAGAGCAGUGCGCGCUGGCCGAGCUGCGCGCGCACGGCGUCGCCGACCCCACGGACCACAUGAUGGCAGAUGCGAUGUCUGUGAUAACGUACGGGCCGAGCGAGGCGCAGCCAAUUUUCGCGAAUAACGGCUGCAAAAGAUUCACGAAGCACAUUCCCUACGUAGUACAGAAGCACAAACCGAAAAAGGAGAACAGUGAGCUAUAAUUAGGUCUAUUGUUAUAAGUUUCAAUUGUGAUAAUUUAAGAAAUCAUGUUUACUUUUUAAAAGCGGGUUUUACACUGAGCAAGCAUUUGGGUAUGAACCAUUUUACCUACCA